AUGAGGGAAAAUAUUUUGUCUGACACGGAGGUGUGGGCCGAGCAGAGCCCAGACUCCAGUAUUUACCUGGACCUUUAUCUGAGGCUGCAGAACACUGAACGCAUUUGGCCUCACAGGGAGGCGGCGGACGACUGCCGCGCCUGUCUGGAGUGUUCCCGUGACAACGGCUGCGUGCGCUGCCCAGAGAAGCUCUUCCUGUUCCUGCAGAGGGACGGGAUGUCCCACCACGGGAGCUGCGUCCACGCCUGCCCAGCGGGACACUACGGCCAGAGAGGGACGGACGCCAACCGCUGCAUGAAGUGCCGCUCUCCAGACUGUGAACAUUGUUUCAGCCGCGACUUCUGCACCAAAUGUAAAGCCGGCCUCCAGCUGUACAAAGGGAGGUGUCUGAGCACGUGCCCAGAGGGAACCCACGCCCACCAGACCGACUGCAGGGACGACUGCGCCGGCGCUGCGAUGAGCGAGUGGAGCCAGUGGAGCACCUGCCUCCACGACGGCGCCCCCUGCGGCUUCAGGUGGGGGAAGCAGACCAGGAGCAGGAACAGAACCACGGAGGAGAAGGCAGCCGGGCCCUGCUGGACCCACAGCGAGACGCAGAGGUGCCGGAUGAAGAAGAAGUGUCCCACAGAAAGAAGCAAGAAUAAAAAAGAAAGACUUGGAAGAAAACGAGGGCGAAAACGACAGCAGUUGCUCUCCAGCGGCUCCAACGUGGGCGACUCACCGACCAGAACCACAGACGCACCCUGACGGGGCCCGGCCCACGGUCCGACCCAGUCCCUCGGUCGGACCCCGGCCGUUUGAAGCGUUUUAAGCUGCCUGUACAUGUGACACUUUAUAAAGAAUAUAGAAUCUCACAUUACUGGAAUCUAAGUCCGCUUUAUUUAUGUUGCCGCAGAGUUGAGCCUCCGUUCAGCUUCAACAAGCACAGGUCGAACACAGAACCUGGAUCAGCUGAUGUAAAAGCCAGAUUCACGCUCCAUCGUCUGAACCGUCUCAUUCCAGCAGCUCCGCUGCUUCGGCCGUAUUUAAGGCUGACGUUGAAGCAGUGGCUCUUCAGUCCGUCAGCUUUGUUUGUGCCUGACUGGUCUCUUUAUCGCCUCGCUUUAUUGCCUUCUCUCUGCUGCAUAUUUGUCUACGACCAAAUGUUUAUCUUUCUGCUGCUUCCGUGCGGUUACAGAUUGGAACAGUUCAGCACCAGCCACGUGUAUUUACAGCCGAGCAGCAGGAGUUUGCUCCACAGCAGAAGACGCUCGUCUCAGUCAACCUUCCAACAAACAGUCCAGAGGCGAUCACUUGCAGAAUAACAGAAGUGCAGGAAGUGUUGGUGCACUGGACGGACGGGACUAUUACCUGGAGCAGGUGUCUGUGAACGCCCCAGUAAAACAGAACUAAUGUUCGUUUCUAUGCAACAAGAUCAAAUUCAAAUAAAGUUAUAAUAUUGUAAA